CCACGACCUAAUAAAAGGAAAUCAUGAGAGCCUACUUGACAAUUAACUCUUUUCCUCGUUGAUAGUGGUGCAUCCGUUUCCAGUUGCCAGAAAUCGAAGGAAAGAUUCUUCUCAAAUAAAUAGGAGGGUUUCAGCGCAGGCCUUACGUAAGAGGAGUCAAUAUGAAGAGACAGAACGUAAGGACUUUGUCGCUGGUGGUGUGCACCUUUACUUACUUAUUAAUCGGAGCGGCGGUUUUCGACGCCCUCGAAUCUGAUACCGAAAGGAAGCGAUGGGAGUUCCUAUCAGAGGUCCGCCGUAACAUGAUGAGGAAGUAUAACAUCACUCCUGAGGACUACAGGAUGGUCGAGAUCGUCAUAAUUGAGAACAAACCCCACAAAGCCGGGCCACAAUGGAAAUUCGCCGGGGCCUUUUAUUUCGCCACCGUGGUCCUUGCGAUGAUCGGUUACGGCCACUCCACGCCGGUCACGAUCGGUGGAAAGGCCUUCUGCAUGGCCUACGCCAUGGUCGGGAUCCCUCUGGGUUUGGUCAUGUUCCAGAGCAUCGGUGAGCGUCUCAACAAGUUCGCUUCCGUGGUGAUCAGACGCGCCAAAAAGUACAUGAAGUGCCAGAGAACGGAAGCGACGGAGAUGAACCUGAUGCUGGCGACGGGGAUGCUGUCGAGCAUCAUCAUCACCACCGGCGCCGCCGUGUUCUCUCGUUACGAGGGUUGGAGCUAUUUCGACAGUUUCUACUACUGUUUCGUCACGUUGACCACUAUCGGCUUCGGCGACUACGUUGCUCUUCAGAACGACCAAGCCCUGUCGAACAAGCCAGGCUACGUGGCCCUGAGUCUGGUGUUCAUCCUCUUCGGGCUCGCGGUGGUGGCAGCCAGCAUCAACCUGCUGGUCCUGCGCUUCAUGACCAUGAACGCCGAAGACGUACGUCGCGAGGACAACGAGCUGCAGUCUGCGUCUCACCACGUGCUGACCCUGGACGGGGAGGUGGUGACCGUCAAUGGGAAACUUCUCGCGGGCCAUGUGCCCAUGGUCCAUGACAUGGAUGACUGCGUGAGCGUGUGCUCUUGCACAUGCCUGGGAGCGGCCAACUCGGAAUUGUUGGAUUCUUCAGGAUACCAGGGUUACAGACCACCGUCGAUCACCGCCAGCCUCCGAGUGAAGCGCGCAUCCGUCUGAUGGAGGGAGUUCCGUCGCCGCAGCCUGCGUCGCCGACUUGCCAGGGUCGACAGCAGGGAAGUCCUCGGCAUGGACGCGUGAGGCCGAGGUCUCCGAAUCGAUCUCGACCUCGGAAUUUGAAGGCCUCCGGGUCAAGGAUAUAGCUUGGACCCGGGGUAGCGGAUCGCGACGCCUAAUUCAACGUUCCUAAUUCUGCGACGGGAGGAUCGGAUCUAGAGGAGAAGGGAAGGAGGAGGAACGAUGAACGCGAGAUGAUGUCGUUAAAGGACGAUGCGCGAUGCAGGUAUAGAGUUCGAUUACUGGAACGCGGCCUCGAUCUGGCCUCGAUCUGACUUCAAUCGGAUUUCGAUCGCGAGCUCUUGGCCGGACCUCGCAGCGCCAAAGACUGAUCGAAGCGCAAGAAGUCGGAAAAUGUUCGAUUAUACUAGUCGAUCGUUACGGAAUCGACGAAUGUCCGGGUGAUCGAGGACGUAAGAACGUCCCGAAGGUGGUAGUCAUGGUGACAAUUUUAGAAAGCCCCAUGGAGUAACCCGCGCCGUAUACAGUGCACUUAUCCAUUAUAGUCUUAUUCACGUCAGCAGGAUGUAAGUACGCGCGACGACCUAAGCUUAUCGACGGAGAUGCCUAUAUUUUUUAAGAGCAGGCAUAUUCCUUUUUUCUAAUAAACGCCAUGUAUACAUCCUCUUUCUUUGGUCAGUUUGUUCGGUGAGUGUUCCUUCUGUCGGGAAGAUAACUUCCGGUGGACUACAGAGAUGCGUUGGGAGAUUGCUCACGGGCAGGAUCGUGCGAUCGCAUCCUGUACUGCCCUCUGGUU